AGUUAAUAUUUACCGCACCCCCAGUUUACACUCUACAUUCUGCAUAUUGUAUAAUUUUACUGACAGGUUAUUUAGUUUAUCAAGAUGGGAAUUUUUGGAAACCCUAACCCUUUUGAAGAAGCAUUAGAUAAAGUUACAAAUGAAUUAAACACUGAAAUUGACUGGGGAGCAAUUAUCAGUCUAUGCGACAAAGUAAAAACCACAUCAAAAGGGCCACAAGACUUCACUGUUGUAGUUCUUCAAAAAAUAAAUCAUAAAGUUCCCCAUGUGAGCAUGCAAGCAAUAACAGUGUUGGAUGCAUGUGUAAACAACUGUGGCAAGGAUUUCCACAAAGCAAUUGCAUCUCAGCAUUUCACUGAGAGCUUGGCAGAAAUCAUCAACAAUAGCAGCAAAAACAAGAAAGUGGUUCGACGACUCUGUUACUUUAUAAGAAAAUGGGCAGAAGAUUUUAAAGAUGACCCAGAACUUUCACAUUUUGUAUCCUUUUACUACUUACAUCGUGGGAGAGGUAUUCAAUUCCCGGACACAGAUGAAGAUGCUUCCUCUACUUCUAAGAGAUCAACGGAGCCUUUGAGCAAAGAUCCAAAUGUGGUAUCAAGCCAACAGGAGGAAGAGGACAUUGCAAAAGCAAUUGAAGCUUCUCUGAAAGAAGAACAACAAAAGAAAUCAAUUUCAAAUUCACUAUCCGGCAGCAGUGUUCAGAGUAGUUUGUACCCAAGUAUGUUAAACAACACAACUUCAACCCAAUCAUCUUACAAUACUUCGUAUGCUGCUUCAGGUUCAUCAUCUAAAAAACUUGUAAAGGCUUUAUACGACUUUGAAGCAGCAGAAGAUAAUGAACUUACAUUCCGAGCUGGUGAUCUUAUAUCUAUACUAGAUGACAGGUGGGGCAAUACGAGACGUUUAUUCAGUGUUUGCAAGUUGCAAUAUAUAGUAGGGUGGAGGGAGAUGGGACACCAAAUUGCAAUAUACAAAAAUUUUUACAAUUCUUUUUAACUUUAGUUUUUUCUU